AUGGCCAGUGAUACUCAAUUUGUUGUGAACUUGUUGAUGUCUAGCGAUAAGUUCAAGGGCUUAUGGGAGGGGGUUGAAUCGUUUGUUAAUGUUGGUGGUGGCAAUGGAACCUUAGCUAAGGCCAUUGCUAAGCUCUUCCCUGAGUUAAGGUGUGCCGUGUUUGAUCUCCCGCAUGUGGUUCAGGGAUUAACAGGGUAUGGCAAGAACUUAAUAUAUGUUGGAAGUGAUAUGUUUGAGGCUAUUCCUCCUGCUCAAGCUGUCUUACUCAAGUGGAUAUUGCAUAAUUGGAGUGAGGAAGAUUGCAUAAAAAUACUUGAGCGAUGCAACGAGGCAAUUCCUAGCAAAGAAAACGGAGGCAAGAUAAUUAUUAUUGACAUGGUGGUGGAGAACAACAACGAGAAUAACAUUCCCGAUUACUUGUAUUCCCAGUUAUUGUUGGACUUGCAGAUGAUUAAUAUUACCAAUGGGGUAACCGGAUGGAGCCCAUGGAGGGUGGAAGAUGAUUUAAAGACGAGGCAGGACAUGGGUGGUUGUGACUUGUGA